CGGAGCCUGCGGGUCUCCCGCCGGGUCCUCCGGGCAGCCAGCAGGAGCUGCACCCGAGGAGAACUGGUUUUCUGUUUUUCUGGUUUGUGCUCAGCUCUCUGCGGAACGACCUGUUUCUGUCUUUCCUUUGGGAAAAUGCGAUUUGCCAAUGACUAAUCGCAAGCCUGCCGAGAUGCUAUCAGCUGUCACCUGCGGGGCUCGACCCAAACCCGUCAGGGACAUGAAGCGAUAGACCUGGGCUGCGUCCGACCUGCAGGGCCGCCUGCCUGCUGCCGCAGAGCGACUGCAAGCUUCCCGCUGCUGCCAGGGUGCCCGUGCUCCCUCUGGCCUGCUGGCAUGUGGCCAUCGCAGUGACCACCCCAAGGGGCCCAAGGCUGCCCAGAGCUGCUUCCCUGUCGGCUGGCCGGAGCCCCUGGAUGGCGCGUGGGACCUGAGCCCUCAUGUCUGCCCCGCGGAUGCUGCGUGUGCUGCUCCUGCUCCUGGCGACCCCUGGGUGCUGCGCCCAGCGUUGGGAGCCUUGCUCAGAUCUGCGGCCCCUGGACCUGCUGGCAGAGGCGAUCCCUCCAGAUGGCACCGCGGGUGCCGUGCGGACAGUGCAGGUGCACGGCGCUCGCGGCCUCCAGCUCCCGGCCGCCUCGGCCCGCGCCUGGAGCUUCCCCGCCUCGCGGCUCUUCUUCAGAUGCGACCUCUUCCCCGCGGAGUUCUCCAUCGUCGUGACCUUGAAAGUCCCCAGUCUGCCGCCCAAGUGGAAAACCGGGGCAGCGACUCCGCCUCGGAACUCGCAGCUGGAAUUUCCCCGGGCAGGGCCUCUGCUGCACCACAGUCCCCGGACCUCAGCGUCUCAACACCUGGCCGUGGCCCUUCCCACUCUCCUUCCCUCCCUGCGGUACUGGAGGAGGCUGCUGCUCAAUUUCCACGACUCGAGUUUCCCGGCUUUUUCUGUGAUUGGUUGA